UCAGUCUGUGCUCUGUCUGUGAGAGUGACGUAUGAACAGCCGAAACGAAAACGAAAGAAAAGCCUCUUGUGCCGUUGUUAUCUUCUAUCAUAUCUGAAGAAUGGAGACAAACGGCCAGGCUAAUGGGGGUAGAUCUAAAAAGAAAGAGAACGGAGACGGGAAAGAUAAUUUGUGGUCAGCUAUAUUAGAAGAAGUUCAGAACCAAGGUAACACGAAGCUGCCUUCGAACAAGAAUGUGUUAGUUUUGGGUGACAAUGAGACCGGUAAAACCACACUUAUAGCUAAACUUCAAGGAGUUGAGGAUCCCAAGAAGGGAUCAGCGCUCGAAUAUGCGUAUAUAGACGUUAGGGAUGAAUAUCGCGACGACCACACACGACUUAGUGUCUGGGUUCUUGAUGGAGAUCCGGGUCAUACAAACCUUCUCAAAUUUGCUCUAAAUGAAGAGACAUUCCAGCACACAUUGGUCAUCUUAACUGUAGCCAUGACGACGCCCUGGGGCGUCUUAGAUCAGUUACAAAGUUGGGCGUCAGUGCUCGGUGACCAUAUAGACAAAUUGGAUCUCACACCUGAACAAAGGUUACAAAGUAAAAAGCACCAAGUUCAAAAGUGGCAGAGGUACACGGAGCCGGGCGACGAGUUGGAGCCGGCCUCGUCGCCCAUGAAGCGCUCGUCGCGGAACCUCUCCGACGAACUGGACAGUGACGACGAAGACAAUGCGCUGCCCGAGGCCGUGCUCACAACUAAUCUCGGGCUCGACAUCGUCGUCGUCGCAACUAAGACUGACUACAUGACCACACUAGAGAAGGAACACGACUACCGCGACGAGCACUUCGAUUUCAUGCAGCAGUGGAUUCGGCGGUUCUGUCUGCAGUACGGCGCCGCACUGUUCUACACCAGUGCCAAGGAGGACAAGAAUUGCGACCUGCUCUACAAGUACCUCACGCACCGGAUAUAUGGCCUCCCCUUUAGGACACCCGCCUUGAUCGUCGAGAAGGACGCGGUUUUGAUACCCGCCGGUUGGGAUAGUAUGAAGAAAAUUAGUAUAUUGUAUGAAAAUAUGCAAACUUGUAAACCAGAUGACUACUACAGAGAUGUCAUCGUACAACCUGCGACGAGGAAGAGCGGGGGGCACCGCGAGGCGGAGGUGGCGGCGGAGGACGAGCAGGCGUUCCUGCAGCGGCAGCUGGCGGCGCUGCAGGCCGGCGCGCCCGCGCCGCGCGCCGACUCGCCGCUGCGGGCCGCGCAGCGCACCACGGCGCAGCUGGACGGCGCGAAGAUCGGCAUGGGCCCCGGCACGCCCGGCAACGAGGGCGUGCUCGCCAACUUCUUCAACUCACUGCUGUACAAGAAGACGGGCUCGCCGGGCGCGCGCGCCGCGGACGCCUCGCCCGCCGCCGCCGCCGCGCGCUCCGACGCGGCCGCCGAGCUCGACCGCCUCACGCGGGCCAAGCGCGCGCCGCCCCUCGACCUCAGCUCCUCCGACUGCUAGCGCGAGCACAGGUCGGUGACCCCCGACACCCCGCCGAGCUGGACCGCCUCACGCGGGCCAAACGCGCGCCGCCCCUCGACCUCAGCUCCUCCGACUGCUAGCGCGAGCACAGGUCGGUGACCCCCCGACACCCCGCCGAGUGGACUGCUUCAUCAACUUACACACAGUUCCUGGGGGCCCACUUUACAGGAUCAUAUUAUACAACUAAUAAAAA